CCAACUCAACUUUUCACGAAAAUGCCUUCCACUCAAACCCGACAUUGCUACCAUUUCAUCAAAAAAUUCACCUCAAAUUCAUCAUCUUCGUCAACAAUUUCUUUAUCUUGGAGAGUUCGAGCUCAACAAAACCAACUCAUUUCACAAAUCUCAAAUAUUCUUCUUCAAAGACACAAUUGGGCACCCCUUCUUAAAACCCUUAAUCUUUCUCAUACACUAACUCCAUCAAUUUUCCUUCAAAUCCUCUACAAAACCCAGGAAAGCCCGCAAAUUUCCCUCAAUUUUUUCAACUGGGGAAAAACUAAUCUUAUUGGGUUUCAAGCAGAUCUCAAAAUUAACUGUAAAAUCUUCCAAAUUUUAAUUGGGUCGGGUCAAAUAACCCAUUUAAGUAAACCCUUUUUGGAAUCAUUUAUUGGGGUGGAUUCACCAACCCAUAUUGUUUCUUCCAUGUGCCAAGCUUGUAAAGGUACAGACUUGCACUCUAUUGCUUUUUCCUCAAUAAUAGAAUGCUAUGCUCAAAAAGGUUUUUAUUUAGAUGGUUUACAAGUGUAUAAGAAAAUUAUAUCAUAUGGUUAUUUGCCUAAAAUUAGAUGCUUGAAUGUUGUUCUUGAUGUUUUAGACCAUGCUGGUGAGUUCAGAUUGGCUUAUUGUUUGUAUGGUUCAAUGAUUCGAAAUGGGAUUCUUUUAGAUAUGAAUACUUGGACUGUUAUUGCUAGAAUCUUUUGUAAAAAUGGGAAAUUUGAGAACAUUGUCAAGUUAUUGGAUUUAGGUGUAUGUAAUUUGGUGAUUUUUGACUUAGUUAUUGAUGGUUAUAGUAGAAAUAGACAUUUUGAGGCUGCAAUUGAUCAAGUUAAUGAGAUGUGCAAAAGAAAUGUCCAACCGGGUUUUUCGACUUAUGGCUCCAUUCUUGAUGCAGCCUGUAAUUUAGGGAACACAAAGGUCAUAGAAAUAGUUACAUGUGCAAUGAGAGAGUCAAGGUUGCUUCCUGAAAACUUGUUUUUGGAGUAUAAUGAUGUUAUCAGGAAGUUUUGUGAUAUGGGAAAGUCGUAUGCAGCCGAGUUUUUGUUUAGUAGAGCACAAGUUGAAGGAGUUGAAUUGGGAGUUUCAACGUUCGAGGCUAUGUUGAGAGCAUUUUGUAGAGGAGGAAGAGUAAAUGAAGCAAUUGGGAUGUAUAAGAUCAUUACAAAGGAGAAGGCUAUGAUGAAGAAGAUUUGUUAUGAAGAAUUGGCGGAAUGUCUUUGUAAUGGUACUCCAUCGGAGAAUGUGAAUCAAUUAUUGAUUCGUUUGAUCAUGAAAGGGUUUUGUCCUUCUGUUUCGGGAAUUUCCAAGUUUAUGAUGAAGCUAGGUGGGAAAGAUGAAUGGAGCGUAGCCGAAGCUUUAUUGAAUGUAAUGUUGCAAGAAGAUAUAUUACCCGAUUCUGGUUGUUGUCAUUUAUUGGUAAAGCAUUACUGCUCUAUAAGUCAGGUUGAUUCGGCACUUUUGUUGCACAAUAAGGUCGAAAAAUCAGAUACACGAUGGGAUGUCACAACUUAUAACGUACUCCUUCGACAACUCCUUACUGAAAAGAGAAUUGAUGAUGCACUCUGCAUAUUCAAGUGCAUGAGGAGGAAUAAUGUAGUGAAUAGGGCGAGCUUUUUAGUCAUGAUUAGUGGAUUGGCUCAAGUUAAGGAAAUGCGAAAAGCUAUGCAAGUUCAUGAUGAUAUGCUGAAAAUGGGACUCAAGCCAAGUUCAAAAACCUACAAAAGCCUGAUAUCUGUUUUUAAAUGAUGCCUUGAACUAGGUUUACGAGUAUUUCUUUUCGACCUUGCUCGACCAUUUGUUUAGUGAAUUUCAUUUUCUGAUCGAGGUUAUCAAUGAAGGUCUUUGUGUUGCGUGAAACAGUAAAAGUAUUUAGUGGUAACACUAGAAUGUUCUAUGAGGAGGAUAUACCGGAUAUGAUGAUGAUGAUGUAAAGUGUAGAAUGGUGGAUGAGAAAGUAAUACUCGUGUCUCACUCUUUUAAGUAAAUGUGUUUGAUAACACAUAUGAGGUUGAGCCGAGGGUCCAACUAGCCCAACUACGUAUAUCCUUUGAUAAGGGUAUGGUUUGCUGUAUUCCAACCUUCUCCAUACCCUGAUUAUAGCUUCUAUGAGAGGGCUAUAUGGGUAUGAUGGUGAUGGUGAUGGUGAUGGUGAUGGUGAUGAUGAUGAUGAUGAUGAUGAUGAUGAUGUUGAGGUUGAGGCAAUUAGGAUACUGCUUUCAUACUAGAACAGAGACUGAAAAUGAAGAACUACUUCUAUUUGCAUUCUGCAUACCAGUGCAGUAAUCUGUAUUGUGCUUAUUGUACUAUGAGUAGUUGUAUACUGCUGAUUACAACUGGUAAUGGAAAAUUUUGAUCUGAAACUCUUAUUUGGAUGAAAGCAGUCUUAUUGUAGCCAAAUCUUUCUUUGUUAUAACCAAUGACCAUCAAUCAUAGUAAAAAAGAUGGUUUUGGUCAUGUUUGAACGUUCAUGAAACGGAUAUUGCAGAUGAUUUUGCAGUCUGCUCGACCUAUAUUUCAGUAUAAGCUUUAUCAGUGCAAAUGUACACCCAACAUUUAGAGGCCUUUUAUGACAUGCUUAUUUCCAUAAACUUUAUUAGUGUUAAUUUCUAGCUUUGUUUAGUUCACCAUUGAUGAAUUACCAAUUAUGUACGUGUUUGAUAAAUGAUUUUUUUACCCGACAUUUUGAUUUAUUGACUUUUGGCUAUCAACUUGUUGGUUGGUUAAAAAGCCAAAAAAAUGUUUGGUAAAUGGUUUGUAGUGAGCUAAUAAACUAAAAUGAAAAGACUAAUCUGGUCAGCUUUUUCUUUUUUUUAUUAGCGUUGGCCACUUUUUUAUAAUAAA